UUAACUUCCUGGUUGGUCUACUUUUGAAGAAACAGUGGAGGACAUUUUAGUUGCCAUACACACACCUAAUUUAACUUUUGUCACAAUAACAUCAACAGAUAAUGGCAUCCAGUAAACCUGUACCAUGUGGACCUUGUCAAGAAGGAAAAGUAAAGACUAAAGCUGAGUUCUGGUGUUACAGCUGUGAAGAAGGAUUAUGUUCAACUUGUUCUGUUCAUCACAAAAGAUCUAAAUCAUCACGUGAUCAUAAAACUAUUGAUAUCAAAAAUUAUAAACCAUCCAUUCGAGCUAUCAAAACAGAAUGUGACAAACAUGGUCAACAGCUCAACUUGUAUUGUCCCAGUCAUUUAAUGCCUUGCUGUGAUGAAUGUAUUUCCACUAAUCAUUCAAAAUGUAUGGGAAUAAAAAGUUUAGCUAGUGUGGUGGAGAAAACCAAAAUUGACCAAUCCACACAAUCAUUAGAAAAACAAAUUAACUCCAUCAAACAUAUUCUGGAAAAAAUGGUUGCUAACAAAUCUAAAAACAUAAGUAGAGGUGAACGAGAAUAUGAAAGCAUACAAGAUUUCAUUGUUAAAAUUCGCAAGGACGUAAAUAAACAUUUAACCCAACUAGAAAAGAAGUUAUGCAAUGAGGCAGAAACCAUUUUAAAUCAAGAAAAAUCCAAAGCAACAGAUUUAAUCACCGAAAUUGAAAGAACACAGAAAAACUUAAAUAAAAUGCAAGACCACUUACAUACAGUCAUAUCACAAACUUCAAAACUCCAAUCAUUUCUAGGAGUGCAUCAGAUUGAACAACAAGUACAUCAGUAUCAACAAUAUGUGGAAGAUCUGGAAAAUGAUGGCAGGACUAAAGAAUUUGACAUCAAAAUGAAGCAAAAUGAUGAAAUAGAAAAGAUACUUAGCAAGUUAGAAUUAUUAGAAUCCCUGGGAGAAGUAACAAGUGUAAAAACAGAUAUAGACUUGAAUAGAGAAACAAGUGUGAGGAGGAAAGCACAAGUACAAUCACGACAACAAUCUAACAUAAACAACAUGACAAUAAAUAUUGAAACAAAGAACAAGAUCAACAUAGAGAAGAUCAUCAGUGGCAUGACUUGUCUAAUGGAUGGAGGAGUUAUAGUACAUGAUCAAUGGUGUAGAAGUUACCUACUUACAUCUGAUGGCAAACUACAGAAAAAGUUACCUUUACCUGAAUCUACCUACAGUGUUACACAGAUCAAUCAGAACACUAUUGCUAUAUCUUGUUCUAAUGAGCAAAAAAUUACUUUCUUCAAUAUGGAGAAUGAAACAGUUACCAAAUUUAUCAAAUUAGACAAACAAUGCUAUGGUGUAUCAUUCUCCAAUGAUUCUCUGGCUGUAGGUUUGAGUUCAGAUGUUGAUGAUCGUAUUGCUGAUGAUGAUGAAAUCCGUAUCAUAGACUUGGAAGGCAAUACACUGAUGUCAAUACUAAAAGUUUUAAACAUUAAUGACUUCGUUUACUGUAAUGACAGAGUUAUCUUUUGUGAUGGUAAAGCAGUAUACUGUGUUGAUAAAUCAGGUAAACAGAUUUGGCAAUAUACACAGGAUUUAUCAUCACCAGUGGGCGUUUAUAAAGAUAUGUACGGUAACAUUAUUGUAAAAGACAAUAAACCUCUUAGAAUAAUAGCAAUAUCAAAAGAUGGGCAGGAUAGUAAAGUACUGAUUUGUGAAGAGGAUGGUCUGAUGCCAUUUGAUAAAAUGUGUUUUAAAUACAAUGACCCUUCAGGUUUUAUUUGGGAUUACAAAAGCACAUUCUUGACAAAAUUCCAUUUAUCAUCGGAAUAAAAUAUACACUGGGGAUUCAAAUGAUAUAACUUUUCAUUGAACCUGCAACCAGUUAUAUAUAAAUUAUAACUAAUUUAGCUAAUAUAAACAUAAAGUAGCAGUAAAUUAAGUUCAGUCAAAGACCAAAAUUUCCUGAGUACAAUAAAUAUAAGUUAAAAAUUACCUCUGAUUUUGAACAUAAAAACGAAAAAUUGGAAAUUAUUUUUAGAAUAUGCCAAUUUUUUUUCACAAAUAAAGUUUAAACUUAAAUAUGACUUUUCUAAUUGGCCAGAAAAUUAAAUAAAAUAUAUUUUCAAAUGGAUGAUUCUAGCUAUGAGAACUUAUGAACUUUCAAUUUCUGUUCCUACAGUGAUUUUCUUCGUAAUGAACAAAUAAUCUGGCAUGUUUACUUAAUUAAAAAUGUACAGAGACAUCUAAGAAACCAGCUAUUAAUAAAGAUAUCAAUUUACACAAAAAUGUUGUGCCAUGAUAUCUUCUUUUAAGCACAAAGGUAUUGUUUUCUAAAUGGACCAUAAAUCUUACUUAGAAGGGUACCUUAUCAUAUAUAUGUAUCUAACAAAUAUGAAUUACACAUUGAUUAUGGAAAGAAAACAAGUCAUAUCAUCAUGUAACCCAAACAAGAUUAAACGUCAACUAAAUGCAUCAUUUAACAACUAAAAAACUGUUCAUAUAAAACAUCAAACAUUAUAUCAUUGUUCUCAUCCAAGCAUUUACUAAAUCAUUAGAGUGCCUAGUAAGGGAAUGGGGAAAUAGGUCAUUGUGAUUUGUGUGGUGUUAUGUAUUGAAUUGUGCUUUUAGGGAUGUUAUGAAGUGAAUUAUGCUUUGUGUGAUGUAAUGUAUUGAAUUAUGCUUUGAGUGAUAUUAUGUAGUGAAUUGUUCCUAAUGUGAUGUUAUGUGUAUUGAAUUGUGCUUUGUAUGAUGUUAUGUGUAUUGAAUUGUGCUUUGUAUGAUGUUAUGUAUUGAAUUGUUCCUAAUGUGAUGUUAUGUAGUGAAUUGUGAUUUGUAUGAUGAUAUGUAGUGAGUUCUGUUCUGUGUACUGCUAUAUGUAUUGAAUAGUGAUUUAUGUGAUGUACUAACAGGUUUUGAAGUGUGCUUUGUGUGAAGUUAUGCAUGGAAAAGUGCUUUUGUUGAUGUUUUGUAGUGAUUGUGCACUGCUAUAUAUUGAAUUGUGCUUUAUGUGAUGAACUGUUAUGUAUUGAAUUUUGUUCUGUGUGAUGUAACAUAUUGAAUUGUGUUUUGUGUGAUGUUAUAUAUUGCAUUGUGUUUUGUGUGAUGUUAUGUAUUGCAUUGUGUAUUGUGUGAUGUAACGUAUUGAAUUGUGUUUUGUGUGAUAUUAUUGAUGAAUUGUGCUUUGUGCAUUGAUUUUUGCAUUGAUCUGUGUUUUGAUUGAUUGAUUGUUGGUUGCUUAACGUCCAGUGGCAAAUAUUUCAUGCAUAUUCAGGACGAAUCUGUGUUUUGUGAUGCAUGGUUAUGAAUUGAAUGGUUACAUAUUUUGUAUGAUUUAAUUUUGUUAUAUAAACUGUAUUAUUUUGUGUGAUAAAGAACUUUCAUGAAAUUUAGGUGAAUACUUUAAAUUUUUCUUAUGUAUCAUAUAAAAAGUCUAAAGAUUGGCGCAACAGUACUAAUAUAAUAUUUUUCAUGUCUGUUUGUCCCUAUUUAACUGGAACUGAAUUUGCUGUCACACUGGUGGACAUUGUAUGUUAUAUUUAGGACUGGGACAGUGACAAUAAAUCAUACUAUUCAAUGGGGAUUAUUUGGAGGAAUUUUUAAUGGGAGGAGUGAAUAUAUAUUUCGAGUUUUUUUUUUUGUGGUAAGAAACUUUAAUGUUUUGUAUUUUUGUUCCACAUUUUUGUACAUUUAUUCCAAUGACUGUAAAUACUGAAUUUUCUUUCAGGUUGUUAGAUAGUCUUGAUACUAAAGGAGAAGGUAUGAAAUUAGUGUUUUGCCCCUUGAAUUUUCACAUCAAACAGUAAGGUAUAAAUCUUCAAAAAAAACAUCCUUCAGUUGUACAUAAGUCUGUCACAUUUCAAAUCAUAUGUUUAGUUUUAUUCUAUUUAUAUGUAGUUUGGUUUUAAUCUUUUUGUAUUUAAUGUAAAUAUUGCAAAAAAUAAAAUGCCAAAAUUCAGUUUCAUUUAGAGAUCUUGUAAUUAAAAUUUUGAUAUGAGCCAAGACCUUACCAAAAGAAAAAGAUGUUUUACUAUACAAUCAUGAUAAUGCAGGUAAAAGAUAAUUUUUUGUAAGGUCUUAGUUCAUAUCUUAUAUCAUCAAAAAUAGAUUAAAUGGUCAUUUCAACAUAUUUAUGACAUCAUAGUAACACCAAAGUGUCUAGAUUAUAUCAUCCUAUUCAUUUAUGUAUAUAAUUUAUAUGAAAUAACAUUAUUUUAAAAGGUUAAGAGAGUUUUGCUGUUUUUUUGCAAUUUCAGGUACCAGACACUGUCUCUAAUCAUAUUCCUCCUUUCUUUGUUUCUUUCUUAAGAUUACACAACCCACAAGUCUAUUGUUUUAACAAACAAUGUGAUGUUUGUAUAAUUUUCUGUGUGGAUUUGUGAUGAUGAAUUAGUUGCCAUUUUACUUCAGGCAACUGAUACUGAUAAAGAAUAUUUAUUAUCAGAAAAACUUGUUUAUUUCUGUAUUUAUCAUCUAAAUUUUGUUGUGCUUUUCCUUGGAUGUGUAUUUACAUUUUUAAACAUAUAUUACAUAUAUAUAUUUUGCACUGUAAUCUUUUAUUUAUAACAAUCUGACACCUUUGUAUGAAUGAGUGUUGAUCUUUGUGUAGACAUCCAAUUAUAAUAUAAUACAUGUAUCUAUUUCUCAUUAACUUACAAGUUGCAAAAAAUUUUUUAUUUAAAAGAUGAUGCAUAUAUAUUUAUUUCUAUUUCCACAACUUAACCUCAUCCAAAUAUUUCAAAUUGUCAACAUGUCAGUAUUAAAUAUUCCUAAUAGUCCUACAUACACUUUCCAUUUUUUCUACUCUUAAACUAUUUUAUAAAGGUUCUUACUUUCCAAUUUUCUUGUUUCCUGAAUUACAGUUUGGAUAACUUAUCCAAAUACUUUGAAUUUGUUUUCACAAUUUUUUACAGAAUAAUUCAUUGCAAAGAAUUUGUUAUUCAUGUAAUUCCCUUUUCUAGAUUUAAAUACAAUAUACUAAUUUCAGUCUAAAGUACAAAUCACAACAGUUAUUUCCCCUUUCAUUUUGGAGUUCAGUAUUUCAGGCUUUUUUUUGAAACAUUUUUUUGUCCCCAAUAUCAUUUUAAAACUUAUGUAUUCAUAUUAAAUCCAUUUUUUUCUUAUGAUUAUUAAUAAAUAGUUUUAUUUCA